AUGAUGAAACUAGAUGUAUCAACAUCGAAUAAUUUCGGUCGACCAAGAUUAUUACUCUUCGAACUAGCUCAUCAAGUUCAUCCGUUUGUUUAUGCAGUUAAUAUAUUUCUUCGGCCAGGCCCAGAUGAUUGUCUUAAUUUAAUACAUAUUAAACUGAAAGAUGCUAUUGAUCAACGUUUUACAAGGCUUGAUCCAAAUACCGUUCAACAAUCGUCACAAUUACUUGAAUCAAUUCAUCAAAGUCUUUUAACAGUCAUUCAACAACAAAUAGAUCCACUUAUUCAUAAUGGAUAUACCAAUAGAAAUAUUCCUACUGCAUCGAUUCAGACAAUAACAAUUACACUACCACCUGGUAUUCUACCAAUUCCAAAUGAUAAACCUUCAACGAUUUUCCUUCCAUUGACAACAAAUCAAUCUUGA